AUGGAGAGAAAGUUCAAAGCAAAGCAAGUUUAAAUAAAUGAGCAUUUAAUGUUCAGACAUGGAGACAGUGAUGAUGAUGAAGACUUCGAAGAAUUCUAGCAAACACAAAUAGGAUGGAGAUCAUAUUAAACAAGUUAACUUAGUGCUCUUUAGUAGCUAUAAUAAACAAUAAAGACUUAAGAAGAAAGAGCUCAAGCACAAAACAAUUAAUAACUUAAAGUUCAUAAGUAUGAAGAGGAAUAAAAAUUCUAGCAAAAUUAGAGGCCAAUAUUUAAUGCCAGUGGUCUUUCAUAAAUCUAAACAUAAAUGGGAUCAAAUAAUUAUGUCAGAUCCGACCAAGCAUAGAACACUGCUAGAGUAUAUCCUCUGACUAAUAAAUAUUUGCAAGACCUUUUACAAGACAAUGCAACAAAUUUUUCUACUCAAAGCUUUAUCCUAUUUAUUAGAAUUUUGAGUAAACUCCUCUAAGACAACCAAAUAAAAUAAACUGAACUCAACAUCAUAUCCUAAAUUAUCAUAAGCUCUAGAUUUUUUCAAAAACUUGGAACUGAUUAUGUCUAGGAGGUAAUAAAUACAAAGUAAAGUCAUCACUUCUAAUAACGCCUAGAUGAAAUCACCAUUAUCUUAGAUGUCAUUGACAGAUUAGCAGAUAAAUUUCGAACAUUAAUUGGAAAGUUACCUAUACCAUCUUUUUCUCAAUUAAUAAGAGUUGAUAUAGAAGUUGCAUAAUAAGGUAUAAGUUUAGCUUAUCAAUAUGAUAGGUAAGUUGUAAUCUUGCAAGAAAAAGUUUUGAAAUUAGAUUAAAAGAGAAUUUAAAUAAUGCAAGCAAACAAUGAAGAAAAGCAAAAAUCUGAAUAAGCAAGAUAAUACUAAUAAAUGAGUAGAUUCAAUAAAGAAGAAGAUUAUAAAAUGUAGCCACCUGAUGAUUUCUAGAACAUAGAUGUGGUCCCAUCAACCUUUGAACUAAUGACUGAGAGUACUCCAUUCCUUAGAGCUAUGCCUCAAAACGGUGUAUUCAAAGAUUCUCAUGACUAUCUUGAUGUAGUCUAUAGAUUAUUGAGAGAGGAUGCCAUUAGACCUCUGAGAGAAGGAGUUAGAUUGAUGCUUGAAAACAAAAAUCAACAGCUAAGGGAAGCUGGAAUAAGACUCUAUGAUAAUGUUGCACUUUAAGAUCUUGCUAUUUCAAAGAAUUGUUCAGAUGUUACCAUAACUUUAAGAGUCUUUGAAAAAGGAAAGUAGAAUUGGCUGCAAAGUAAAAAACUACUUCCAGGUUCACUUUUAAUAUUAAGUUCUGAUAACUUCAAAUCUAUGGAUUUCUUUCUUGUUUGUGACAGAAAUUCAUAAGAAAUGGCAAGAACAUCUAAAUACUAUCACUAUGCUGAAAUCACUGUGCAACUUCUCCACAAUUAAGAAUAUGAUCUACCAGAUAGUCAUUAGGAUAGUUCUUCUAAAGAUGGGAAUUCAAGUUCUGACUCGGAUGACGAUUACUAUUUCUAUAAUGUCUAAUAAAAAUACUUAAAGCAAAGAUAAAAAGAGGCAAGAAGGCUUUAAAGGGAAAAAGCUAGAAUUGAAAGAAAUAGUUCUCCUGUCCUUAAAUAUUUUAAACUAUUCAAAUCUUUUAGUCUUAAGAUGAUUGAGUCAACAGCAUAUUUUGAAUCAUAUAGUCAUGUUCUAAGAAAAAUAAAAUCUAUGGAUAAAUGGUAAAUAUUACCAAUGCAUCAGUAUCUUACUGGAAUUGAAAAACAAAAAAUUAAACUUCCAAAGGUAUUCUAAGAUGUUGAUGCAAAGAAAAGUAAGGAAUUCAUGAACUCCAUUGCUUUGUCCAUGAAUAAAGCUAAUUUUGACAAAAAUUAGUAGGAAGCAUUAGAAACUUGCAUGUACAAUGAGUUAGCUAUUAUACAAGGCCCUCCUGGAACAGGAAAAACAUACGUAGGAGAACAUUUUGUUAGAAUCUUAUUAGAGACGAAGGAAUAUUGGAGAAAUGAUAAAGGGCCUAUUUUGCUUGUUUGCUAUACAAAUCAUGCACUAGAUUAAUUCCUUAAUCUAAUAAAAAAAUACUCCACAAAUUUUAGGGCCUAUUCAGAUCUUAUCAGAGAUUUAGAAAAACUUGAAAGCUAGAUUAAAUAAAAAAACUCUGAUGUAUAAUUAAUAGAUCUUGGCAUUAUGAAUUCGAUGUCAAAAUAAUCUGAAACACUCAAAUAUCCAAAAAUCAAAAAUUGUAUCCAAAUGGAGAGAAAGUUCAAAGCAAAGCAAGUUUAAAUAAAUGAGCAUUUAAUGUUCAGACAUGGAGACAGUGAUGAUGAUGAAGACUUCGAAGAAUUCUAGCAAACACAAAUAGGAUGGAGAUCAUAUUAAACAAGUUAACUUAGUGCUCUUUAGUAGCUAUAAUAAACAAUAAAGACUUAAGAAGAAAGAGCUCAAGCACAAAACAAUUAAUAACUUAAAGUUCAUAAGUAUGAAGAGGAAUAAUAAUUCUAGCAAAAUUAGAGGCCAAUAUUUAAUGCCAGUGGUCUUUCAUAAAUCUAAACAUAAAUGGGAUCAAAUAAUUAUGUCAGAUCCGACCAAGCAUAGAACACUGCUAGAGUAUAUCCUCUGACUAAUAAAUAUUUGCAAGACCUUUUACAAGACAAUGCAACAAAUUUUUCUACUCAAAGCUUUAUCCUAUUUAUUAGAAUUUUGAGUAAACUCCUCUAAGACAACCAAAUAAAAUAAACUGAACUCAACAUCAUAUCCUAAAUUAUCAUAAGCUCUAGAUUUUUUCAAAAACUUGGAACUGAUUAUGUCUAGGAGGUAAUAAAUACAAAGUAAAGUCAUCACUUCUAAUAACGCCUAGAUGAAAUCACCAUUAUCUUAGAUGUCAUUGACAGAUUAGCAGAUAAAUUUCGAACAUUAAUUGGAAAGUUACCUAUACCAUCUUUUUCUCAAUUAAUAAGAGUUGAUAUAGAAGUUGCAUAAUAAGGUAUAAGUUUAGCUUAUCAAUAUGAUAGGUAAGUUGUAAUCUUGCAAGAAAAAGUUUUGAAAUUAGAUUAAAAGAGAAUUUAAAUAAUGCAAGCAAACAAUGAAGAAAAGCAAAAAUCUGAAUAAGCAAGAUAAUACUAAUAAAUGAGUAGAUUCAAUAAAGAAGAAGAUUAUAAAAUGUAGCCACCUGAUGAUUUCUAGAACAUAGAUGUGGUCCCAUCAACCUUUGAACUAAUGACUGAGAGUACUCCAUUCCUUAGAGCUAUGCCUCAAAACGGUGUAUUCAAAGAUUCUCAUGACUAUCUUGAUGUAGUCUAUAGAUUAUUGAGAGAGGAUGCCAUUAGACCUCUGAGAGAAGGAGUUAGAUUGAUGCUUGAAAACAAAAAUCAACAGCUAAGGGAGGCUGGAAUAAGACUCUAUGAUAAUGUUGCACUUUAAGAUCUUGCUAUUUCAAAGAAUUGUUCAGAUGUUACCAUAACUUUAAGAGUCUUUGAAAAAGGAAAGUAGAAUUGGCUGCAAAGUAAAAAACUACUUCCAGGUUCACUUUUAAUAUUAAGUUCUGAUAACUUCAAAUCUAUGGAUUUCUUUCUUGUUUGUGACAGAAAUUCAUAAGAAAUGGCAAGAACAUCUAAAUACUAUCACUAUGCUGAAAUCACUGUGCAACUUCUUCACAAUUAAGAAUAUGAUCUACCAGAUAGUCAUUAGGAUAGUUCUUCUAAAGAUGGGAAUUCAAGUUCUGACUCGGAUGACGAUUACUAUUUCUAUAAUGUCUAAUAAAAAUACUUAAAGCAAAGAUAAAAAGAGGCAAGAAGGCUUUAAAGGGAAAAAGCUAGAAUUGAAAGAAAUAGUUCUCCUGUCCUUAAAUAUUUCAAACUAUUCAAAUCUUUUAGUCUUAAGAUGAUUGAGUCAACGGCAUACUUUGAAUCUUAUAGUCAUGUUCUAAGAAAAAUAAAAUCUAUGGAUAAAUGGUAAAUAUUACCAAUGUAACAAUACCUUACUGGAAUUUAAAAGCAAAACAUCAAGCUUCCAAAGGUAUUUUAAGAUCUAUUAGUUGAUAAAAAGAAAAGAGAUAAUUUCAUAAACACAAUUGCAAUGUCUAUAAAUUAGCCUAAUUUUGAUGAAAAUUAGAGGGAAGCAUUAAAAACUUGCAUGUUCAGUGAGUUAGCUAUUAUACAAGGCCCACCUGGAACUGGUAAAACUUAUGUAGGGGAACAUUUUGUAAGGAUCUUAUUAGAGACGAAGGAAUACUGGAGAAAAGAUAAGGGUCCUAUUUUGCUAGUUUGCUAUACAAAUCAUGCACUAGAUUAAUUCCUUAACCUAAUUAAAAAAUACACCACAAAUUUCGUAAGAAUAGGAGGAAGAUGUAAAGAUGAAAACCUAAUGUAAUAUUCUGUUUAGCAAUACAUCAAAGAUAAAAAUGUUAAAUAUUAGUAGGCCUAUACAGAACUAAUCAGAGAUUUGGAAUUUCUUUAACGCUAGAUUAAAUCUAAGAACUCUGAUGUUUAAUUAAUAGAUCUUGGAAUAAUGAAUUCGAUGUCAAAUUAAUCUGAAACUCUCAAGUUUAUGAAUAACGUAAAAACAGAAUUUAAUCAUAAGAUUACUGAAAAAUUAAAAACUGCUCUACCUGGAAAAUAUAAUGAAGGUUACUUGAAUUAAAGCUAAUAAUAAUUUAAGAAACUAUAGUAUAAAGAGCCUGACAUAGCUGUUAUUUUCUGGCUUGGAAUAAUUAAUAUUAAUAAGUAUAUUAGAGAAUUAAUUGAAAGAAUAAAAUCAGGUGAAUUGGAUGAGGAUGAUGAUUACAUCUAAUAUAAUGAGCAUGAUUUAGGCUAAAGAGAGGAGGAUUAUGAUGAAGAUAGAAAUAUUACUGAUUCUAACGAUCCCCUUUAAGGAAAACUUAAAAAUCUUACUCAGCUAUAUAGCAUCCAUAAUUAAUCAGAAUUUUACAAUGGCUGCAUAAAUUUUGAGUAAUGCAUAUAAAAAGGAAAAUAGCAGGGUAGUCUUCAAUGGAAUGAGCGAUCGAAUGAAAAUUUAUUUGGACUAGGAAUAGAGAGAAGAUGGCAAUAUAAUAAUUACUUUGCUGGAAAUCAAGAUUUAAAUAAAUUUGAUGACCUUGAAAAUCUCAUCAGGAUAUAUAGAAUGAAAUUUCAACAAAAGAAAGAACUAUAGUCUAUAGUCUACGCAACUGCACUAAAUCAAGCUGAUGUUGUAGCGAUGACUACUACAGGCUGUGCUAAAAAUAGUGAAUUACUAAAAGAUGUAAAUUUCCCAAUAGUUAUCGUAGAGGAAGCAGCAGAAGUUUUUGAGGGUCAUAUUCUAACUGCAUUAAAUGAAAGAACAGAACAUCUUGUUCUUAUUGGAGAUCAUAUGUAGUUAAGACCAUCGCCAGCAGUUUACUAACUUGAAAAAGAUUAUAAUUUGAGCAUGUCAAUGUUUGAGAGAUUAGUCAAAAGCGAAUUCAAAUAUACAACUUUAACAAACUAAAGAAGAAUGCGACCAGAGAUCUCUUAAUUAGUGAAAUUCCUUUAUCCUAAACUCACUGAUGAUGCAAGAGUGCAUUCUUAUCCUGAUAUUAGAGGAAUAGAAAAGAACUUAUUCUUUAUGACUCAUUCUUAGCAAGAGGCAUCAGAUGAUAAUAUUCAAUCAAAAUAUAAUGACUACGAAGCUAAUAUGAUUAUCAAAUUCACUAACUAUCUUAUAAAGUAAAAUUAUCAAUCAACCCAAAUUACAAUUCUAUCUCUUUACUAAGCCUAGUCUUUUCACAUUAAAAAUAAACUAAAAUAAAUGUUCAAUGAUAAAGAUCCAAUAAAUAAGGUAAAAGUAGUUACAGUAGACAAUUUUUAAGGAGAAGAAAAUGAUAUAAUUAUCCUCUCAUUAGUAAGAUCUAAUAGCUAAAAUAACAUAGGCUAUCUUAAAGUAAGCAAUAGAGUUUGUGUUGCACUCUCUAGGGCAAAACAUGGAAUGUACAUUUUCGGAAACUCUUAAUGCUUGAUAAAAUAAAAAGGAUUCGAUGAAUAAGGAAACCUCUGGAUUGAAGUUUUAAAAUAUCUUUCAAAAAAUAAAUACUAUGGAGAUACAUUGAAUCUUUGCUGUAGAAAUCACAAAACGAUUACACCAGUCAAGAAGGCUGAGGACUUUGAUAAGGUAGCUUAAGGUGGAUGCAAUCUAAUAUGUGAUAUUGAAAUGAGCUGUGGCCAUAGAUGCACUAGUGUAUGUCAUAAUUAUUAAGUAAAUACUAAAGAUCCAACUGGACAUGAUAGUGUUAAAUGCAUGGAAUAAUGCCAAAGGAAUCAUCCAUGUGGUCAUCGAUGCCAAUACAAAUGUCAUGAAUGCAAAAUUUAUUAUUAACCUUGUAAAUACUAAGUCAUUGUCACAAUGCCAGAUUGCAAUCAUGUAAACUAAAUAAAUUGCUCAGAGGUAGGUCGAGCAAGAUGCAAGGUUUAAUGUGAAAAAAUUAAGUAUUGUGGUCAUAGAUGUCUAAGUGCAUGUUCAUUUGAUUGUAGAAACGAAAAAUGUCGAUAACUCAUCCCAAAGACCUUGCCUAACUGUGGUCAUUAAAUUGAAGUUAAAUGCUCAGUUUCCUACGAUAAAUUGAAAAAAUUAUUUACUUCAGGUUGUUAUGUUAAUUGUGGGAAAUUACUUGAAUGUGGACAUACUUGCUUAAAAGCAUGUGGUACUUGUUCUUUACAAUAUUUUCACGGACUCUGUGAUAAAGUAUGCUCAAGAAACUUAAUUUGUGGUCAUGCUUGUAAUGAUAAAUGUACAAAAGAUUGUUCAUAAUGCAUGAAAAUAUGUGAUAUGGAGUGUAAGCAUAAAAAAUGUCUUAAACGAUGCUACGAGUACUGUGAUCAUUGUGAAUAAAAAUGCUAAAAUGGAUGCACCCAUUAAAAAUGUAAAAAUAAAUGUGAUGAGCCUUGCACUAUAGCUCCCUGUCCUAGAGCAUGCCCUAUUCUACUUGAAUGUGGUCACAACUGUAUUGGUCUUUGUGGAGAUGAAUGCCCAUCUAUAUGCAGAGAAUGCUAGCCUGAUCAUUAGGCUUUUGAUAAUUUUGAGGAUGAUUACUAAUCAAAAUUUGUUCAAAUAGAUUGUGGUCACUUAUUUGAAUCUACAUACUUAGAUAGCUUGUUCAAGAAGAACUAGCUUUAGGAGAAAGGAAUUUUUCAGAUAAGAUUCAUUGAAUGUCCCAGGUGUAAUGUCCCUAUUAAAAAAUGUACUAGAUAUUAUACUUACAAUCAAAGAAUAUUUUAGAACUUAAGGACAAUCAAAAAUAAUUUCAUUGGAAUUACUGACAAAAGGUUUAUUUUAGAAUCAUUAUACAAUGAAAUUUUAAGAGAGCUAACUUUUAUAUCUGACUAUGAUUGUAGAAGAGAUCUAGAUAAAAUUAUGUAAGAGUGGCUGGAAGUAUUUAAAACUUAAAAGCAACACUAUAUUCUAUUGAUAAGUCUCGAGAGGAAAUUACAUUUAAUUUCCUUUAUGAUAUCUUUUGCUAAAACUUUCAAGAAAGAAUGGUAUUAUAAUAAUGAAGAUGGCUAGUUACAAAUAGAGCCAGUUAGGAAAAUUCUUGAACAAGAUGCUUAAAUGGCAUUUUAAUUAAUAAAGUAAAAGAAAUUUAUUGUAACUGCUAAUGAGUUUUUGAGAUAUGAAUCUUUAGCCAAGAAUUAUGAUGAGACUAAAGAUCUUAAGCAUUUAUAUUCUAAGAUUCCCUAAUAAUUUGGAUUAUUUUCUGAAAAAUGGUUUAGCUGCAAAAAGAACCAUCUAUUUGCUGUUGGGAAUUUCGAUGGAUCUAAAGAAUAUUUAAAAUGCCCCAAAUGCUAGCAAGCUAAGAUAGAAGCAAUAACUUCAGGUUAAUGA